AUGUCGCCGCCGCCUCCUCCGUUCUCCCCUCUUUUCCGCCGCCCAAAGAUCGCCGCCGCCGCUCAGAAAUCAAAGGUUAAGGACUGGAUGUAUGUGAAUCGUGAAAAACGCACAAAGGCUGAGUUUAUUAAAGGAGUUACUUCUUUUAUGAACUUUGUACGUGAACACGAUAAGAUCCAACAUGGCAUGAUUCUUUGUCUGUGUAGCCAUUGCGGGAAUACUUUGCAUCGUAAAGAGGAAGAUGUAGAACUUCACAUUGUUAAAGAAAUUCUAACUCCCAUUAAUGCCGAAGAAGAAGAAGAAGAAGUUGACGAUAUUAACUUGUUUUUGGAAGAGGAGAUGGAGGAAAUGGUAGAGGUUGCUUUCGGUGACCCUAAUCAUGUUGAAGAUAGUCCUCCCAGACAAGAACAAUAUGUAAAUGAGUAUGAGAAGUACAUGAAUGAUGCUAGGAGACUGAUUUAUGAGAAUGCAAAAUAUUCCACGUUGUCAUGGUUCGUUCAACUUUUCCAGAUUAAGUGCCAAAACAAAUGGAGCAACAAGUCAUUCAUGAUGCUUCUUAAAUUCCUAAAAGAUUCUAUGCCUCUUGGGAACAAUGUCCCUGAUAGCUGGUAUGAAGUUCAAAAGAUAAUGUCUAAUCUGGGUUUAAAUUGUGAGAAGAUUCAUGCAUGUCCCAAUGAUUGUGUACUGUAUUUGAAAGAAAACUCAUAUAAGAAAGAGUGCCCUACUUGUGGGGUGUCCAAAUAUAAGAAGAAGACACAUACUAGCAAGAAUGACAUACCUCUCAAGGUAGUACGAUACUUUCCUAUUACACAGAGGCUACAGAUACUUUACAAGUGUAAGAAGAUAGCGGUGGCAAUGACCUGGCAUGAUCGUGCUCUUCCAAGUGAAGAUGGCAAAAUGAGUCAUCCGAAAGAUUCACCUGCAUGGAAGAAUUUCAACAAUUUACAUCCAAUAUUUAGUCAGGAUCCUCACAAUAUCAGGCUCGGACUAGCUAGUGAUGGCUUUUGCCCUUUUAGUUUUAAUGGUAAUCCACACAGCACAUGGCCAGUUGUAAUGAUCAUUUAUAAUCUCUCACCGUGGUUGGCUAUGGAUCAAUCAUAUUUUAUGAUGCCUCUUUUGAUUUAUGGACCCAGUUCACCAGGAAAUAAUAUUAAUGCUUAUCUCCGACCUCUCAUCGAAGAGUUACGGUCUUUAUUCAUUGAUGGUGUGGAGACAUAUGAUGUAGAUAAAGGGGACACCUUCAUAAUGCGUGCGGCCUUAAUGUGGACAAUUAAUGAUUUUCCUACAUAUGGAAUGCUAUCAGGAUAUUCUGUACAUGGUUAUAAAGCAUGUCCAUAUUGCCAUGUGGAUACAACAUCGACAUGGUUGCCUUUUAGCAAAAAGAUUGAUUCUCAGACCACUCGUACACCACCUGUUGUUCCUGCUACUACUUCCCCGACUUUAGCUCAUCAUUCUCCGGAUGCUCAGAGUUCUACAUCUGUUCCUCAAUGUUCUCCUCAGGAUAUUUCGAUACCAAACCCUCUUGCUAGUCGAUUGGGAGGCAUCUUAGGGAGCUUUACACAGGAGGGCUAUAGCGAGGAGGACAUCCGCAAAGGUUUUGCUGAUUGUAUUCGAUUGAAUCAGCCGUGA